AUGCCAGCUUCAGACGUUCUAUCCAGAAAGACCGGUGUCAUUGUCGGUGACGAUGUCAGACACUUGUUCGAAUACGCUAAGGCUCACAAGUUCGCUAUCCCAGCUAUCAACGUGACCUCUUCUUCCACUGUUGUUGCUGCUUUGGAAGCUGCCAGAGACAACAACUCUCCAAUCAUUUUGCAAACCUCCAACGGUGGUGCUGCUUACUUUGCCGGUAAGGGUGUCUCCAACAAGGACCAAAACGCUUCCAUCAGAGGUGCCAUUGCUGCUGCCCACUACAUCAGAUCCAUUGCCCCAGCUUACGGUAUCCCAGUUGUUCUACACUCUGACCACUGUGCCAAGAAGUUGUUGCCAUGGUUCGAUGGUAUGCUAGCUGCUGACGAAGAAUACUUCGCCAAGCACGGUGAACCAUUGUUCUCCUCUCACAUGUUGGAUUUGUCCGAAGAAACCGAUGAAGAAAACAUUGGUACUUGUGUCAAGUACUUCAAGAGAAUGGCCAAGAUGGGCCAAUGGUUGGAAAUGGAAAUCGGUAUCACCGGUGGUGAAGAAGAUGGUGUCAACAACGAAGGUACCUCCAACGACAAGCUAUACACCACCCCAGAAACCGUCUUCUCUGUCUACGAAGCUUUGGCCCCAAUCUCUCCAAACUUCUCCAUUGCCAGUGCCUUCGGUAACGUCCACGGUGUUUACAAGGCCGCUGCUGCUCUAAAGCCAGAACUUUUGGGUACUUUCCAAGAAUACGCUUCUAAGCAAUUGAAGGAAAAGAAGGAUGACAAGCCAUUGUUCUUGGUCUUCCACGGUGGUUCCGGUUCUUCCACCAAGGACUUCCACACCGCUAUCGACUUUGGUGUCGUCAAGGUUAACUUGGACACUGACUGUCAAUUCGCUUACUUGAAGGGUAUCAGAGACUACGUCUUGAACAAGAAGGAUUACAUCAUGACCCCAGUCGGUAACCCAGAAGACCCAGAUGGUCCAAACAAGAAGCACUACGACCCAAGAGUCUGGGUUAGAGAAGGUGAAAAGACCAUGUCUGAACGUAUUGCUUCCGCUUUGGAAAUCUUCCGUACCAAGGGCACUUUGAACUAA